GAUAGGGCUCCAGGCCUUUGAAACCAUUUUCCAAUAAAGAGGGGUUUCAUAGGGGAAAAACAUCGUACAGAUGAGAGGUAGAGAAACAUAUAUAAGGGGACAAAAUAAGGGGUUCUAAGUUGACAGAGUUGAUGGCUCUUCUCAAAGGCCCUGUUUUUGUUGGGCUGCUGGUGAUGCUGGCUUUGGGGUGUGCUAUGUACCUCAGGCUAUGGUCUGUUCAGUCACAAAUCUCUCUUGAAGACCCACAACUCAUCAGGUUACAGUUCGAACGUGCUCACAAUGAAGCAUUGGAUGAAUCAGCCGAAUGGAGAAUGAAAUAUGAUGAGGAGGCGGAGAGGUCCAGGAACUAUAUGCAGGAGGUAGUCGAGAUGAAAGAGGUUCUUGAGAAGAAGAGAGAGGAAAAUGAAAGCCUGAAGGGCCUUCUUGAUACCUUACAAAAGGAAAAGCUCAAACUUGUUGAACAGGUGGGAACCCUGGAGGAAGAGCUUAAAGCUGAGAAGUUAAAAUGCAGCAAACUAUCCCAAAAAUUGUAAAGAGAAUUUAUGAAGAAAACUUUACAGGGAAUGCUCCCUCUGUAAUUUUGUAAUAGGAAACCACUUUUUGUUAUUGAAAGAGAAGUGCUUCAGAGAUGA